GAACUUCACCAAGCCAAAUCCUCAAUUGGUUUAAGGAUUUCAAACGCCUUCAUUUUGACUGCACACGCUCUCUCUCUCUCUCUCUCUCUCUCUCUCUUUCGCCUCUCCAUCUUUAUCUCCAUCUUCCUCUGCUUCUCCAACGGUCCGCCGAGGCAUUUUGGCGGCGCCGAUCGCCGAUUUCUCUCGAUCUUCUACUCUCAGUUUACGAUUCUCCUCUUUCGCCUGCUUCCGACUCAACUUUUCCCGCUUUUGAUUCUCCUUCUCUUCGUUGAUUCCUUGAUUUUGUCUCAAGGCAUUCAAGAUGAUUGGCUCCUUUCUUACCAGAGGACUUGUGAUGAUUUUUGGCUAUGCUUAUCCUGCUUAUGAGUGCUACAAAACUGUUGAAAUGAAUAAGCCAGAGAUAGAGCAACUUCGCUUUUGGUGCCAAUACUGGAUAUUAGUGGCUGUUUUGACAGUUUGUGAGAGGAUUGGAGAUGCAUUCAUUUCAUGGGUUCCUAUGUAUAGUGAAGCUAAACUGGCAUUCUUUAUAUAUCUCUGGUACCCUAAAACAAAGGGAACAACAUAUGUGUAUGAUUCCUUUUUUAGACCAUAUGUAGCAAAGCAUGAAACAGAUAUUGACCGAAAUUUGUUGGAACUAAGGACGAGAGCUGGUGAUAUUGCUGUUAUCUACUGGCAGAGAGCUGCAAGCUAUGGUCAAACAAGGAUAUACGAGAUCUUGCAGUACGUUGCUGCACAAUCAACAGCAAGGCCUCGCCAGUCUCAGCGACAGCAAGGGUCAAGAGUUCCAGCAGACAACGUUGCACCAAAACGCCCGGCAAGCACUGCAAAUCAAGUGCGAAUUGAACCGACACCAUCUCCAUCAUCAAGCCAACAACAAAAAGAUGUAGCUGAAGAGACGGGUGCAUCACAAGUUUCAAAACUAAAAUCCACAUUUGAAGUUCCCAAUACUCAGAAAGUGCUGAAACCAACAACCGUAGUCGAGGUUUCUAAUAUUCCAAAAGGUCUGAAACCAUCAACUUCACUCGAACCUCCUAAUACUCCAAAAGGGUUAAAACCAUCAACCUCAAUGGAAGUUUUGAAUGCUCAAAAAGCAGUUGCUGCAGCAUCUGAACAAGCCAGCAGCAGCCACACUUCACCAUCCGAAGUGGAGCCAAUGGCCAUCGAAUCAGUGCCACCACCUCCAGUGAUUGAGAAUGAAAAUCCUCCACCAAAAGACACCAUCAUGGAAGAACCCACAAAAGUAACUCGAAGAUUGAGAAAGACUCGUUCGGGCGCUGCUGCUAACCGUUGAAAAGGAGGUGCAGUGUUUCUAAAUCUCAAUUCCUUUCUUUAGCCCUUAGAACAACAAUAGUAGAUGGAACAAUGAUCAGUGCUGAAUUGCUGAUCCUAGCAUGGCAUUCAUGUAAAUUUGUUGUUUUUAUUUCCAGUUUAUUUUUUGGACCGUAGCCGAUGGUCGGGUGGUACAUCCAGCGGUUGUCAAAAUUUCAUAUCAUUACAAUGUUGGUUUAAAUGUAUACUUUGUAUCUAUCGGUUGGAUAAAUUUUUGAUAUAGCUGAAUUCAGGUCUCUCUUUAAAAGUGUGCUUUUUGCACAAAAAUCUUUCCUUAGAA